GCGCGAGGGCCAUGCCCGCUAGCGUCGGAUUUUAUCCCCGUCUGCUUCUGUUGUGUUUGCGACUCACUAAAACCGUUGUAUUUUGUGAAACGAGGCCAUAAUACAAGGUUGCUUGGGCAUGGUUUGGAAAUUUCAACCGUUUGUAUCUCGACUCAACAUGUUUUCUUGCACGUGAGUGUUCAAGCAGCAGCGAGCGAGCUUCAACAUUGAUUGCUUCGGUCGGUUAGGCUUACCUGAGUCACAGAAGCCAGGUGUGCCGAAUGUGUUUUUGUGUCCAAAUUCGAAGUUAUGGAUUACACAUUACAACCAAGUGCCAACAAGCCGGCUGUAACCUGAGUUGUGUGUCAUCUGAACGGCGAUGUGGGCUGUAAACAGCGGGAAAGUAGGUCUGAUCGCUGUUUUUUCGUCCGUGCGCCGAUCUCCAAGAUGAAACGGCGUCGCUUGGCUCCGCGACCCUGUGGGUGACAGCAUCGUGCUCGUUUUGUUCGAGCUGUAAAGUGAUUGUGCGGGUGCGUUGGGAUUACUUUCUGGAUAACCUUCACCAGUAUGAAAGUGACAGUGAACUUUGGCUCCGUACGUGUAAUUGUUCCGUGCGGGAACGGUGACAUCCUAGUUAGAGAUCUUAUCGAAUUAGCUGUGACCAGGUACAAGAAGGCUUCGGGGAAGCCUCAAGAUGCCUGGGUGACUGUACAUAAUGUAAAAAGCUACAAUGACGGGGGAAUCUUGGACCCCGAUGACCACCUCAACGAUGUGGUUGACGACAGGGAACAGAUCAUAGCCGUUUAUGAAGAACAGAUCUCACCGUAUCCAGCGCACAAUGCUGGUGACGGUACCAGCGCCAGUUCCGUGGGGACAGAGAGCCCAGACAUCUUUCGGUGUAGUGACCUCAACCAUAAUGGCACUAAGGAUAGCUACGUUGACGUGGAAAUCUCGGGCGACAGGCUUCCAUUGGGGGUGGCUCCUCUUCAGGUGCGAAGGGGCAGCGAGCCGACCCUGAACCGGCUGUCGCCCGUCUGCCCCGAGCCCGACCCGACCAAAAGGUGGUCGGCCGCCGUGGUGGUUGAUGACCUUUCCUUGCCACCAAAACAGUACGAACAUGCUUUGGAUGGUGAUUCCUCAUUUCCCUGCGGAGAAAGGGGAGAGGGCAGCGGGGAAGAGAAGCGAGGGACGCUGACAAGGAUAGCCAGGGGAUCUGGCCGGCUCUCCAUCCUGGGAAAUAAUGCCAACAUGCUCAGGUGGGCUGAGGCAGCCGACCGACAGCUUUUCAAGGUGGAAGACGCUAGGAAAGAGCCCCUCGGCGGAACAGGAACAUCCCCUGAAGUAUCUGCUGAAGAUAGGGAUACCGUGAUUAUUCUCAAGAACGAGGCAGGUCCUCUGGGAAUUCACGUUGUUCCACGACCUGGCAGCGGCGGCAGGGAUAUGGGCCUUGUGAUCCAGGGCAUUGAACCAGGUGGUCGAAUUCAUAGGGAUGGAAGGAUCCAAGUCGGUGACACUGUGGUUGAGGUGAAUGGACAAAGCCUGCUGCAUGUCAGCUUUGAGGAAGCGCAGAAAGUGUUCAAGAAUGCCCUGCGUUCCCCGGAGCUUGCCCUGAGGUUAUCUGGCAGCCCGGCACCUCAAGAUAAUCCACCCGCGGUGCAGGAAUCUCCCAAACGUCUUAUGCUGCCCAAGCCAAUAGAUGGAGGAGAUACCGUAAAUGGUUUGGUCGAGGGUGAGGAACGAGCGGGACUCCAUAGCAAAGUGGCUACGGUAACACCAACAAAGAAGGUUCCCCAGACAACCCCUCGGCCCACCGGUCUAAAUGUGGCCAACACUCGUAAGCUCGGACGCAGGGUACCCAUCAAGCUUGUCAAGGGUCCAGAGGGUCUCGGUUUCAGCGUAACAACACGAGACAACCCGGCCGGGGGAAAUUGUCCAAUCUACAUCAAGAACAUCCUCCCUCACGGAGCAGCCAUCGAUGAUGGAAGGCUUAGGCCAGGUGACCGACUACUUCAGGUGAAUGGUGUUGAGAUGACAGGCAAGUCCCAGACUGAUGCCGUGGCCAUCCUGCGGAAUGCCCCUACGGGCAGUACGGUGGACUUGGUCGUCUCCAGGCAGGAACUGGAACCCACGCCGAGUCUACCCAGGGAAAUGCCGUCGGAAAAGGCGGAGGAGGAAGUGGGAAUCUUCCCGUGGCGGAACAAAGAAGUGCUAACGUUUGACAUUCCCCUCAACGACACGGGCUCCGCAGGUCUCGGGGUCAGCGUCAAGGGGAAGACAUCCACGGGUCCCAACGGCCCAGUUGACCUUGGCAUCUUUGUCAAGUCCGUCAUCCAUGGAGGUGCUGCGUCAAAGGACCGUCGAUUGCGGACAAACGAUCAGCUGCUUGAUGUAAACGGAAUCUCUCUCCUGGGAAGGACCAACACCCAAGCCAUGGAGACCCUUCGACGUGCCAUGACACAAGCUGAAGGGCCCAACCCCAACGCUAUCACGCUCACUGUGGCUCGGAGGGUUCCCUCUCAGGAUACUGCGGAGAAUGUGAGCUUUGAAGAAGGCUUCCUCUCCAGUGGGGACUCUUGUUCCAUGCACCUCCGGUCAGACUCCAUCGUCAGUUCGGACUCGUCGGCAGCUGCAUCUUCCUCGUGCGAGAAUCUCUCUUUGCCCGGAAGCAGAACACCCGAUCAUUCCACCAGCGGCAAUUCGGAGAACACGGUCGUCUAUGUUCCCAAGCAAGGACACGAUUACAACUAUGGCAGAAAUCCUGUGCUGGACCGUCUGAUGGGACAAGGACCUGGAAGCCUACCCAAUGAAUCCUACCUGCAAGCGAGCCAUGAGAGCUGGAGUGCGGUCCCACCACCAGGGGGUAGCCUCUAUGGGAGACGGAGACCACCACCAUUCUCUCCAAAUUCGAGUGCCAACUCUGGUGAAGCAGUGCUCAUAGAUGAAGACUAUCCAUCCAUAGCGAGGGUUGAUGUGCCACCCAUGACACCAGUCCAGGAAGAGCCACCCGCAAUGGAUGGAAAUAACCUCAACAUCAGCGACCUAUCGCUAGCAGACGGUGGCAACUUCUGCCGGGAUGGUUUUGGGAGACAGAGCAUUUCGGAGAAGCGGCACGCGCAGCUGGACGCUCGAAAUACAGACACGUACAAGCGCAACAAGAAAUCUCGUGAGGCAGCUAAGCAAACACAAGUGAAAGUGCCUCACACAAGUCCUGCUGCUCUGGUGAACGCAGAAAAUGACAAGAGGACAGCUACGAAAGAAGUCUCCAACCUGGUCAGGUCUAGCUCUGCAGACUCUCUUCUUAGUCAUUCCAAAUGUGGUGGGCCACCAGCACCACCAUGCAGUUAUCUAGUCAAAUCCCACCAACUGAGCAAGGUGCAUAGGACCCCAUUGUUCUUCUAUCCAGCUUGUUGCUUCCUAGCAAACGGGGAUUCUCCGGGAACAGACUCGAGCUGUGUAACCACAAACACGACGGUCACCAAGAGCAACAACAGCAGCGGAGCACACAGCAGUGUCACAACGCAGCAUCAACAGUUGGGCCCAGCAUUAGGAAUGCGCAAGUCCAGCAGCCUGGAGAGCCUGCAGACUAUGGUGCAGGAAACGCACAAGGGACCAGAGAAUGGAAAUCCUGCAGGACGGGGCAGUCGAGGCUGCAACGAGAGCUUCCGUGCCGCUGUGGACCGGUCUUACGAAGGUCCGACUUGCAUUGCUUGUGCACCAGAGCUCAUGGAGACACUGGAAGAAGAGAAAGAGAGUGAGAGUGGUGGUAGCUCUGGUGGCAUUGACCACCGCAUUCCAUGUCCAGUCCACUCCAACACGGAUGACCAGCAGGAAAAGAAAGGGGUCAAAGGGCAGCAGAGGAAAAAAGGGUUGCUCAAGGGUCUGGGCAGUGUCUUCAGUAGGUUUGGCAAAAACCGCAAGACCAUUCCAGAGCCGGGCUCCAAAAUGUCCAGAGAAGAACUGGAGGCAGAGCAGGCGAGACGUGCGGCUCAAGAUGAACAGGGAAGGAUACAGGAACAGUACCGCAGGCUCAUCGAGCAGCAGAAUACUCAACAAGCACAGAGGCAGAAUCCCCAGCAGACAUCAUCGACGGGGACAUCUGCUAACAACAACAACAACAACAACCAGUCAACCACACCAUCUCGACAGGAACGCAUGCAGCAGCUUCGAGCGCAGCACCAAAAGCGACACGUGGAGCGGCAGUGCCACUACCCUCGUGACGACCUCGAAGAAUGGUACGAACAGGAUCUUCAGAAGAAGAUGCAUUCUUCCCAGACUCCGCAAUGCCGUCCUCUGCCACCCGUGCCCCAGCCUAUUACUUAUGCCACAUAUGGAUACUCGCGCAGGGUCCUUCCGAAGGUGUGCAGCCCUCAGAGAAACGGCUCGUUUGGUCGCUCUUUUAGUCUGAGAACUCCUCGUUCCAUACAGAGAAGGGAAAGUGACAUUGCUCACUCCAGGUCCCAAAGUUUUGACAUCUUCAAAGAAAUGGAAAGGCCAGGCAGCAGAGUAGGCUUGGCAGAUCCCAACCAGUACAGCCACUACGUCAACUUCAAUGAGAUCCAGAUGCACCUCCGUCAGUUUCAACAGAAACAGCCUCCCAUUCCGAGUCGGCCCGACCGACCAGCUUCAAACUACUACGAGUACGAGAGCAUCCAGCCCAUGAAGCACCACAAAGAAGCAAAUGGUAUGAGGGCGGGAGGAGGGGACUCAGGGUCACUGCCACGGCAUGCCCACGUCGCUGGGCACCGCAUGGUAUAUGCCAAAGUGGCGUCCAGCUCAACACAAUUCAGUGGCAGCAGUCCGCUGAAAAUGACCCCUACGGCAGCUCCGAGGAAACAGCAGCCAAUGAACCUCGGAUACAGAAAUUCACCCAAUUCUCAACUUUAUGCAAGACGUGAAGGAGGGCAACAGAUGCCUGGAUCCAAAGUUUGAUGUUGGAAACAAAGUAUUUAUUUGGAACUGGACUCGAGGUUCGAUGUGGGACCCAAAUUGGAAACUCAAUGCAGAAUUGGGAAUUUUAUCGUGCAGCUCCAGUUGAAUGUUUCGUGUCUCGAAGAUAUUGCGCCUGCAUCAGCAAGUUUGAUGUUGAUUCGGUUUGGAAGCUUCAUCAUGAAUGGAUUAUGUGCCUGUCAUUGAACCUGGGCAGGAAACUGUGUUGAUCAAAAGUUUCAUCUGGUGUAUGUCGAAGGUCUGGUGUGUGAAGACACGAAAGCCCACGUAUCUAGACAAAGUCAUAAAGGUGCCUCAUACCCUUCAGUUCAAAGUUAUCCUGCAUGCCUGACAAAAAUGGUUUCCGUCCAAGUUUCUCGUAGGUGCCUACAUGUCAAACCAACAGCCAAAAAGCAACUCAUCCCAAGCAGAAACUUGCGAGUGAAUAUUAAACGAGAGGGGGGCUAAGUUUAACAGUGGCUUUUCAUACCGUCCGAGUUACAUCCUACUAACUGUAAUAAGAAUGCACUUCUUUGGUCUGGAACAUCACAAACAGUUGAACCUCUGUAUGCAAUAAAGGGAUAAGCAAAAAAAUCCCAAACCGAGAAGCGAACAUUUGGUAAAGUAAUUGCAGCUGGGUUUCCUCGAAUAACAUAUAUGUAUGUGUCUACUCUACAUGCAUGUCCUGAUAGCAUCGUUUUUAGGUGUGUGACUUUGCAGAAAUCCAGGAGCAUGACAUAUACCCUUUUUUGAUGUAACACCAUAUGUACAGGGUUUUGGUGUAAAAAACAAACAGUUCUCACGAGCCAGACUUUGAUGGCUGAACAAUGGUGGUACCAAGUAGGGUGAAGUCACCUGUGUGUAGUGGAGCAACCUGGAUGAGGCUUAUCGUGCAGCUAAACGAGCACAAUCUUGAAAAUAAUGUCCUAGAUGACCAGCAUAAUAUGAUUUAUUAGCACACGUUUUUUUCCUAUUACAACGCUCAGUAGCACUGCUGACAUGGUCACGUGAGGUAGGAAGAACGUGUUUUUCCGAGUGGAAGUCCAAGUUCAUUUCCGCAUCGUAGCAAAAUUUAAGCUGUGCCAUUUGUGUGCGUGUGUAGAAAAGGGGCCCGAUCUGACUGUCCAUCCCAUUGACACACAUGCACUUCCUGUUUCUUACCCUCCUGUAACGGGUCAACAAAUUUCAAUAUGGUCGUAAAUUUUCUCUGGCAGGUACAUACUGAUAUGUAGAUGUCAUUGCAACAAAAAUACUAAGAAAGGGACAAGUCACUUUAUCCCUUAUUGCAUACAGAGGCUCAAUUGUGGUGCAUGAAUAGUGCCUCUAUACUAUUGAAUACUUGUAUAUACUUUUGGUACUGUGAAUGUGGAAUUGUCUUUCCACAGAGACAUCAACUACUUUAUGCUGUAGAGUUUCUCUGGUUACAAUUUUAUAUAUAAAAUAUUGCUGAAGUCUUC